UUAGUCGUAGGCUAUCGCUUCCUUUGCAUCCAAGGCAAGUCCAGUGAAUAACCAGGAAAGUUGCUGGAAGAGAAACCACCAGAAACAUUGAGCAACAAAGCCCCACACUAGAAAACAAGCACAGACUAAUCCUAAAACCAUAGAUAAACCCCAGCUAGGAAAAAAGAAUAGACGAAGAGAGACCUUUGAAGGAGUUAAAAGAAUUAGAAAGGAAGAUAUCAAUCAAGCGCACACAAGGAAGCACUUCGACUGCACAAAAAGGACAAGUUACUUUUAGACUGGAUUUUCUUGAGACUUUUACGAGCAACACUGGAAUUUGUUCUCGUAAACCUUUUCGCUUUAUGGGCUUAGAACAAGCUUGAAGAUCUUUAAUGAGUAUUGACAUGGAGGAUUCUUUGAGACAGAGUUCUUUGCUAGGGUUUAGCAGCAAGGACAGGAAGAGAAGGCGGAAUGGUUGUGAAUCAAUAGAAGAUACACUUGCAAGGUGGAAGAAACACAACAAACUUCAAGUAAGCAAGGUUCCAGGGAAGGGUUCAAAGAAGGGUUGUAUGAAAGGAAAAGGUGGCCCGGAGAAUAUGAACUGCAGAUACAGGGGUGUUAGACAGAGAACUUGGGGCAAGUGGGUUGCUGAAAUCAGAGAACCUGUCAAGAAAUGCAGUUUAAUGAACAAACAAGGAAGUAGACUCUGGCUUGGUACAUUUUCUACUGCUAUUGAAGCUGCUUGUGCUUAUGAUUAUGCUGCAAAGCUUAUGUAUGGUCCUAAUGCCAUACUCAAUUUCCCUGACUACCCAGUUGAAUCUGGGAAUCACCUGGAUAAUAUGUCGUCUUCGAUUACUGCAACUGAGACAUCGUCAACUGAAUCUAGGACAGCAUUGGAUAGCUACGAGGAUAAUAAGGUUAACAAAUUAAAGAUUAAUCAUUGUGGGUCUAGAGAAGGAAAUAACCAAUCAGGCUUUUCUAGGAUAUGUGCUGUCGACGAAUCAGAAGAGGAAGUUGAGAAACUCAGGGUGGCGGAGAGCAGUGCAAUGGAGUUGAAAGCUGUGGAAUGGAAUUUAACAGAUGAUUGGAAAUCGUCUCAUCAUAUUGAAGCUGAAGCACCUGUAUUGAGGGAAGAAAUAGAUGGAGGAAUUUUGAGAUCUUGGGGCUGUUACGGUAUCAAUAACAGAUAUGGAUUCUUGCAGAAUGAGACUGAAAAUGUAGAACAUAAGAAAUUGAAGAAUGAGGUUGUGGAAUCUAGCAUGAGCAACAGACUCAAUGAGUGCGUAGAUUCGGACUAUGAUAUGAGAACUGGUCAUAAACCUAUCUAUGAUGUUGAGAAGCCAUUAAUGAGGGAAGCAGCAGCAGGGGAAGAGUUUUCAGGCUUGAAAUUCAGCAACUAUAAUCCCUUUGAGACCACGCAUGAUCACAUGAACCCGGGUUUAUGCAAUCAAGAAAUUGAUAUCAAGCCUUUUAUCCAAGAUAUUUCUGACAAUUCUGUGUUAAAAGGAGGGGGGGAUUAUGGUUAUGAUCCCGCGAAGGUUGGUUCUGCAAGCCACCUACAGAGUAGAAGGCCAUCAGGACUGUCCUGCCAGUUGCAGACCCCAUCAACCAAUCUACCAGGGAGCUUGAGUUACUUUCAGGAGGCAGAUAUAGGCCUGGGUUGGAAUUUUGAUCUAUCACAGCAGGACUUCAACGGGGGCUUAGGUGGAGAGCCAGGCCUGCUUGAUCAGUGGUACCCUGAAUUACAAUUCUAGUAAUAUUUGUAGGUGUAAAUCUGAUUAUCAAUAAAACAAGAUGCUUUGGUAUCUA